UUUUCUUCCACUCUAUUUUACCUUACCUAGAUAAAGCAAGGGAUAGAAAUGACGUCCCUCACCGUUCGAUCAAUCAACCAAAGGAACUAUCUCUUUCUGUCUCACGCCAUGAUAUAGCGGAGGCCAACGCACAAUUCCUAAUAUCUCCCUUUUAUUCCCUGUUAAAUUGUAUAGAAUUUGGAAGCACUUGGACUCCACUGGUAUUGUAUGCUGAGGUACCUUAACCGCUAGCAAGAUGCUGUACUUUCUGCAUAGGCCUUUCGUGGCCUUGGCAGACACUGUUGGUGCUGCUCCAGACGAUCUCAAACUCGUCACCUCGUUCUUAAUAUCAUUCCCCCUCGCCGCUCUCCUUAAACGAAUUCCCGACUCCAGACCAGAUCUCAAGAAUCUUUUUGCCAUUAGCGUAUCAAUCUUCUACCUUGUCGGUCUAUUUGACCUGUGGGAUGGUGUCCGAACUCUCUUCAUCAGCGCAGGAGGGACAUACUGCAUCGCCAAAUUCCUUCGAACGAGCCCCUAUAUGCCAUGGAUUGGCUUCGCUUUCGUCAUGGGCCACAUGUCCCUAAGCCAUAUCGCCCGUCAAGCUGCUGACGACCCAACAAAGGCUGACGUCACAGGCGCUCAGAUGGUGCUUCUCAUGAAGCUGAGUGCCUUUUGCUGGAACGUUGCUGACGGCCAACUUCCUGAGGAGUAUCUGUCUGAUUUCCAAAAGAGAAACAUGCUUAAGGAGCUGCCUCCUAUUUUGGACUAUGCUGGCUGGGUGCUUUUCUUCCCUGCGCUCUUCGCUGGUCCGUCCUUCGACUUCACCGACUAUCGUAAAUGGCUUGACACGACUAUGUUUGACGCACCCAACGUCGAUCCAGCAAAGAAACCUCCCGUGAGGAAGAAGCGAAAGAUUCCUCGAAGUGGUGGCCCUGCAGCUUGGAAGGCAGCGAGUGGUCUCUUCCUUAUUGCAAUGUUCAUGGGUCUAGGUGGUUCAUACUACCCCGGCCUGCUCACCUCCGAUAUCUACAUGAAGUACGGUUUCCUUCGCCGUGUCUGGAUCAUGCACAUGGUUAGCUUCACUGCACGACUCAAAUACUACGGUGUUUGGUACCUUACAGAGGGUUCCUGCAUCCUCGCGGGUAUGGGCUAUAACGGUGUUGACCCUGUUACGGGCAAGGUCUUCUGGAACCGAUUGCAGAACAUUGAUCCUUGGGCUGUUGAGACUGCGCAGAACCCCCGAGGUUAUCUUGGAGGAUGGAACAUCAACACGAGCAACUGGUUGAGGAACUACGUCUAUCUGCGUGUCACGCCUCGAGGCAAGAAGCCUGGUUUUCGCGCUAGUCUCAUGACCUUUGGCACAAGCGCUCUCUGGCAUGGCUUUUAUCCCGGAUACUACCUUAGCUUUGUCCUUGCAAGCUUCAUUCAGACAGCUGCAAAGCAUUACCGCCGUCAUGUUCGUCCUUUCUUCCUAGAACCUAUCACUGGCAAUCCCUCGCCCAAGAAGAAGUACUACGACUUCGUAUCUUACCUUGCUACUCAACUCACCUUCACCUUUGCCACAGCACCUUUCCUUGUCCUCACAUUACAGGGCUCACUACUAGCCUGGUCUCGUGUCUACUUCUACGCUGUCAUCUGGACCUUUUUGUCACUUGUCUUCUUCUCUUCUCCUGGAAAGGCCGCCCUUAAGAAGCAGCUCGAGAAGCGUCAGGGCCGAGCUAGCGCUAGGUUGGUGCGCUCCAUCUCAACGGAUAGUCUAACGGGCAAGGAGCCCAUUUUGGGUAUCUCCAAGGAUAUCGAGGGCGAUUUCAACGAGGCCGUGGAAGAAAUCAAGGCCGAGAUGGAGAUGAGACAGCGAAAGGUCAAGGCGGAGAUUGAGGCGCAUAAGGCAAAGGCCAAGACAGGCUAGUUAAGACAUCAUGUGCUGCGGGUCUGUCAUUAGCUAUAGUGGCGGACUUACCACGGAGACUUUUAGUCUCAAACGUGAAAAGACGCGUUCGGUGUUAUGAUGGUGUUGUUUCAGGUGAUCGGAGACAAAGACUUAGGACCUAGUUCUCCGUUGAGCAAGGAGUAAUGGUGACUUCAUUGGCAGAAGUAUACAA